AUGGCGAGAGGACCAAGGAAGCAUCAAAAGCGUUUGGCAGCGCCAUCUCACUGGCUGCUCGACAAGCUGAGCGGUGCGUAUGCGCCAAAGGCCAGCCCGGGUCCGCACAAGUUGAGGGACUGCAUGCCCUUGAUUGUGUUCAUCCGCAACCGCCUCAAGUACGCCCUCAACUCGCGCGAAACCAAAGCGAUCGUGAUGCAGCGCCUCAUCAAAGUCGACAACAAAGUGCGCACCGACCCCACCUACCCAGCCGGCUUCAUGGACGUGAUCGGCAUCGAGAAGACGGGCGAGAACUUCCGCCUCGUCUACGACACCAAGGGCCGCUUCACCGUCCACCGCAUCACGGAAGAGGAGGCGCAGUACAAGCUCGGCAAGGUCAAGAGGGUGCAGCUGGGCAAGGGCGGCAUUCCGUUCCUGGUGACGCACGAUGCUCGCACUAUUCGGUUCCCCGAUCCCGCUAUCAGGGUCAACGAUACUGUGAAGAUCAACCUCUCCACCGGCAAGAUUGAAGACUUCAUCCGCUUCGACACUGGUGUCAUCGCCAUGGCCACCGGCGGUCGCAACAUGGGCCGUGUUGGUGUCAUCACCCACCGUGAGCGCCACGACGGAGGCUUCAACAUCGUGCAUAUCAAGGACGCCAUCGACAACGAGUUCGCUACCCGUGAGACCAACGUCUUCGUGAUCGGUCGUGAGAAGCCAUGGAUCAGUCUGCCAAAGGGCAAGGGUGUGAAGCUGUCGAUUGCUGAGGAGAGGGAUCGCAGACGGGCGUACGCUCUUGCUGGCCACUAA